CAUCCACUCCUGCAAGCUCGUGCCUCGUCUCAGAACUUGCCAGAUGCUGGCUUACGAGGUCUUGACCACUACUCUCGUAAGCUUCCAAAAUGGCGGUAUCGUCUAAGGCAAUCUCUCCUACCCAUUGUCCGAUGGGAAACGCCAUAUCUGGCCAAGGUUCAACAGACCUGUCGAACUCCCUUCCUUGAUUCUUACUUUGCAAUGACGGCGAACCUUGGCACCCAUACCUUCUUUAUGGCUGCCCUUCCUGUAUGCUUUUGGUGUGGCUACACUGGCGUCGGUAGAGCCUUGGUGCACAUGCUUGCCUUGGGCGUCUUCCUGAGCGGUUGGAUCAAGGAUCUGGUAUGCUUACCGAGACCUCUAUCUCCUCCUCUACAAAGAAUCACAAUGUCUGGUUCUGCUGCUCUGGAGUAUGGCUUCCCGUCGACGCACUCAACAAACGCUGUAUCUGUAGCCCUCUACUUUCUAUACCAGCUGCAUACCUGGACUGAUGAGGUUGCUUCACCGCAAAGGAUCCUUGGCUUGUGUCUUGGAUACUUUUAUGCAAUUUCUAUCGUGCUUGGCCGCAUGUACUGUGGUAUGCAUGGCUUCUUUGACGUAACCGUAGGUAGCGCUCUUGGUGCAUUGAUCGCUGUUCUCCAACUCGCCCUUGAGAAGCUUGGAUGGUUGAAAACUCUUGCACGUGUUUUUGGCGGCGUUGUGAUUGUCUUCCUCUGGAGAGCUACGAUGAAGCCGCUUCUCCUGAGAUAUCUCCUCCACUCUUUCGAUUUCUCGAGACUGGUGGUGCAACUCUGCCCCGACGAUUCUUUACACGAGCAAGUUCCGCCUCUUCGACAAGACGACAACGUUAUCCCAUCUGCUUCAGACAUUCCAGGAAUGCUGUCUAACCUCCGCCAUCCUCGCAAACGUGGCAUCUCGAUUGGACCACAGUCAGAGGCAGAUGCCCGUGAAUUCAUCGCCAACAGAGAGCGAAAGCGCAGAGAAAGUCGUUCAUCUGCAGAUGGAAACGAUGCUCGACCUCAGCUGAUCAAGCCACCGGGCGGAUCCUUCUAUGACUUGGAAGAAGAGCCAAACGCUGUGAAGCAAAGGCGCCAUGAGGACAAUUCAGAAUCGUUCGGGGUGGCUACGCCACUUGCGACGCCUGGCAAAAAGGGCGAUCUUCUCAGGCCCGAUCCGUUCAACGCUCUGCCCCUGACGCCGCCAGGAAGCGAUAGUGGCAACGGAAGUGAUGCAGGAAGGGAAGAAAAAGAAGAGAGGGAGGAUGCAGAGCAAGACCACCAGAUGUUCCUUGCACUGGCAAAACCACGAGUGCGAUAUGAUGUCGAAGUUGUGACCAAGCUGGUCAUCUAUGCAGGCAUUGCUUGGCUUGCAGUAGAAGGUAAUCCUCUGCUCUUCGAACUUACCGGGGUUGGCAAAAACAGUCCCAAGGAUGAGAGAGGUGCGGUGAACGAGCGUUGGAUGCUUCGGAAACAUGAAACACGCGCGGAGGUCAGUGUGGCGCUAGCUCGCGUCCUUUCCUUGACUUCCAAAUCCACGACGACAACUCACUUCGGCCUCUCGCACUUUCCACGCGCAGCACUUUCCUAUAAACGGCUGGCUUCUCAUGUCGGAUUUCCUCAACACACAACUGAGAUGGAGGACCCUCUGGUCCCGGCCACGAACGGGGCGGCCAUUGGACGACCUGUGUCACCAGCUCCGCCGGCCACAUCAACAAUCGACCCCCAACUAAUCAUCUCAUACUUGGAAUCCGUUCUCCAUGUCACCCUUGGCGCAUCCAGACAGGAGUUACAAGCCAACAAUAGUUUCUUGAGUUCGGAAAACUUGCCAGAAACACUUGCGCGAUGUCAAAGGUUCGCCUCUGAAGCCCAGGUUGCCAUCUACGUCCAACAAGAGGCUCUGGAUGCUGCAGAUGGCAUCCAAGGGGACGGUGAUGCUCCAUCGUGCGUCGCCAUUCUCAAACGACCAGUGCCCAUCCUACCCACCGUCCCGAUCAGCAGCCAGCUGUCAGUAAUCAACCUGCCUGGUGCAGGCGCCUCCUUGUCGACAAACCCCAAUGCUGGUUCUUCCGCUUCGCCGUUCGAAGCUCUUCACUCCCUCGUACACUUUGCCUUGGCUCCCUACUUCGACGCCUGCACAAAGAGCCAGGAAUCAAAUCAUGCAUACACUAAACACACAGACGCCGAGUCUCGCACUGGUAUUCCCGGAGCAAAGAGGAGGAUUGCCGAGCUUGAACUCAGUCUACGGAAUCUACAACAGAACAUUGAUGUGCCCGACCUGCAUCUACCCAUACACCCCGUAAUCCAAGCCGCUGUCGAUGAAGCCGCCGCCCGUAGCGAGAAACCCACCUCAGCACAUCUGCCACAGUCUUUGCUCACUGAUGCCCAUUUCCUAAACAACCUACAAGCCGCCGUCAAUGGCUGGAUCAAGGCCAUUCAGGAGAGCACACAGCGCUCGCGUGACCCCAGCACAGGCACGGCUAUGCAAGAGAAGAACUUCUGGUUAUCUAUGGAAUCAGCUUUGGACAGCAUUGAGCGUCAGCAAAACAGCGAUCCCGUACGUCUGUCCCUUGACGUGCUCAGUCAGGCCAAACGCCAUGCUACCGCUGUCAGUUUCCACGCCGAUACUGGUUUCAAAGAAGCUGCCGAUAAAGUGAUCAAGUACAACCAAUUGAUGCGAGAGCUUCCGUUGGAAGAGCUGCUUGCCGCCGCUACUCUGAUCAAGAUUCAGGAAGCACUCGACCAGGUCUUCCAGCAUAUCAACAAGAAGUUGAGAGUGUGUGCAUAUCCUAUUCGCCGCGCUUUGCCCUUGGUCGAAGCCAUCUCUGGUGAUUUGGACACUAGGCUCCAUGAAUUGCUCCACGGCCGCAGUCUUAUGCAUCUCGACUUCCAGGAGUUCCAGAACCUCAUGGCGGCUACAGACAAGAUUUGGGAUAUUUGGGAGGAUAACUUCAAGGAAUUUGCCAAUGCUGCAAGAGAAGUCAUCAGACGCAGAGGCGAGAAGUUCAUUCCCAUCAAGAUUGACCCACGUCACAAGCAGACCAAAGAUCGCCUAAAGUACAUCAACACUUUCCGGGUCAACCACGAGCAACUGCGCGACACUAUUGCCAAUGUUCUAGGAGAGGAUCAGGAUAACAUCCAUAAUGACGGCGUUUCUGGACCUGUCAUCAUCGAAGAGAUGGGCGACGUUGACGCAAUUGAUGAGAUUUCACAAGCGUAUUCUGUCCUGAAGGAUGUGGAUGUUCUUGACGUUUCUGAAGAGGGCACCCGCAUCUGGGUGCGUGCCGAAGCCACAUACAAUGAACGUACAGCACGCGUUGAGAAUUCGAUCAUUGCUCGCUUGAGAGACCGUCUAGCGCUUGCCAAGAACUCAAACGAGAUGUUCCGUGUCUUCUCAAAGUUCAAUGCUCUCUUUGUUCGACCAAAGAUUCGAUCUGCAAUCUCUGAGUACCAAACGCAGCUGAUUGGGAAUGUCAAGAAUGACAUCGCAGCUUUACAGGAGCGUUUCAUGCACCCUUACGGUCAUACUGAGACACAUGCCAUGGCCCAGCUUCGUGACCUGCCACCUGUCUCUGGUGCCAUUAUUCGGACACGGCAGAUUGAGAGACAGCUGAACGCUUAUAUGAGCAAAGUUGAGGACGUUCUCGGCAAGGAUUGGGCUCUUCACGUCGAGGGCCAGAAGCUUCAGACUGAGAGCAACAUGUUCAGGAAGAAGCUUGAUGUCAAGCCUGUAUUCGACGAAUGGUUGCGAGAUGUCAACCGCCGACAACUCGCCGUCUCUGGUCGUUUGUUCGCCAUCAGCCGCAAUCGUGCCAGUGGCAACAUCCUCGAAUUGAGUGUCAGCUUUGACGCUCAAGUCAUCACCCUUUUCAAGGAAGUUCGCAAUCUGCAAUGGCAGAAGUUCACAAUACCUCACGCCAUCAACAACACUUCAAAGGAAGCAAGACGUGUAUAUCCCUAUGCCGUUAGCUUGAUGGAGAGCGUCAACACUUAUGCUCAAACCAUCAACGUCAUUGACAGCAUGCCCGAAGUUUCAAUGCUUGUCAACGGCGUUCGAAGUGAAGUGCAAGGUCUCAUUUCAAAGGGCACUCCCCUGAAGUGGGAUAGUUUAUCGGGUGCUUACGAAGUCAACGUUCGUCAAAUGCCUACCGGAUCCUCGGAUCAGACGGAAAGCAAGCAUGUCAAGUUCAUCAGAGACUUUGCUAAGGCGAUUCGUGAUUUGCAAGAAAAGACGUCGCUACUAUCGUCGAUCAACAUUGCCGUUCAGACUGCGCUCACAGAGCUUGAAACAUGCCCAUACACCCAAGAAGCAUUCAGACAACAAAUUGACAUUAUUCAGAAGUCCGUCGACCAGCUGAAUUUGAAGAGCUUCUCUAAUCUCUCCUUAUGGGUCGCUGAGACGAACCAGAAGAUUCAGCUAGUCUUGUUGUCUCGCUUACAGCACGCUCUGAGGCAAUGGAUCGCCAUUUUCGCUGCGCUGAAGGACGAUGAUGACGAUACCGAGGACGCCGAGCAAGACCGCGAUGUACCUCACUUCGAACCUUGCAUGCACGAGAUGGCUAUGCGCAACCAGUCAAUCUAUCUUGAUCCUCCGCUUGAGAGCGCAAGAGCUACCUGGCUCCAGCACCUCCAUGACUGGCUCAGCAUUAUCUGCAGUCUGCCCAAGAUUCAGGCCGAAAGAUUCGAGCUUGCUCUUGGCUUCAAUAAAGACCCUGUCGCUGCCACCUUCUCCGACUUGCCAUUGUUGUGUGUUGAUCCUCUGUCAAACGCAUACAAUGCAGUAGAAGACAAGAUCUCUGUGAUUGGCGGCUACGUAGACCAAUGGCUCCAGUUCCAAUCUCUGUGGGAUCUACAAUCUGAACAGGUAUACGAAUACCUGGGAGAAGAUCUCGCGAUGUGGUUGCAGCUUUUGCUCGAAAUUCGCAAGAAGCGCGAGACUUUCGACACUACCGAAACUACUCGCUCAUUCGACCAUCUCACAAUUGAAUACGAGCAAGUGCAAAUCAAAGUCAACGCCAAGUAUGAUCAAUGGCAACACGAGUUGCGUACACAAUUCGCUCAAAGACUCGGUAACCGCAUGUCUGAGGUAUUUGCCGCACUCCAAAAGGCCAGACAGGAAUUGGAAGGACAGUCUUUGGAAGCCAGCUCUACCGCUCAGGCUGUGACAUUCAUCACCACUGUCCAGCAAUGCAAGCGCAAGGUGAAGGCGUGGGAGCCUGAAAUCAACACUUUCCGCGAUGGACAAAAGACUCUAAUCAGACAGAGAUAUCAGUUCCCUACCGAUUGGUUGUAUGUCGAGCAAAUUGACGGUGAAUGGACAGCCCUUAACCAAGUUCUCGAUCGCAAGAGCAAGGUCAUCGAGGACCAGACAGACGCCCUCAAGGCCAAGAUUGUUGCAGAAGACAGAGUCGUGGCUGGACGCAUCACUGAGAUGACUGCUUCCUGGAAUGACAGUAAGCCCGUAUCCGGUACCAUCCCACCUGAGGAAGCAGUAUCAACACUGGCCGAAUUUGAGACUGGCUUCGCACAACUGAAUGAGCAAUCGGAGAUGGUCGCCAGAGCUAAGGAGGCGCUUAGUCUACCGCCCAGUGCUGACUACGGUCUUGCUUCACUCCUAGAAGAGGUUCAAGAUUUCAAGUCUGUGUGGGCAAACCUCAAGAUGGUCUGGGACGGACUCAACGAGCUCCGUGAACAGCUAUGGUCUAGCAUCCAACCCAGAAAGCUUCGCCAAUCUCUUGAAAAGCUCAUCCAGAUGACCAAGGAGAUGCCCAGUAGAAUGCGUCAGUAUGCAGCAUUCGAGCACGUUCUUGGUGUUCUCCGUGGUCUUCUCAAGGUCAAUCCCAUCCUCUCAGACCUGAGAUCAGAUGCAGUCAAGGAGAGACAUUGGAUCAAGAUCUUCAAGGCUCUCAAGCCAUCUCAACGCUAUUCGUCCAUUUCAAUGACACUGGGCGAUAUCUGGGACUUGCAACUCGGACCUAGUGAGGUUAUCAUCAGGGACGUCAUCACCCAAGCGCAGGGUGAGAUGGCGCUUGAAGAGUUCUUGCGUCAAGUCAAGGACACAUGGCAAAAUUACACACUCGAGCUGGUGAACUACCAGAACCGAUGCAGACUUAUUCGUGGCUGGGAUGAUCUCUUUGCCAAAUGCAGCGAACAUCUCAACUCUUUGCAAGCAAUGCGCCAUUCGCCAUACUACAAGGUCUUUGAAGAGGAUGCAUCUACAUGGGAGGAGCGCCUCAACCGCGUUCAUCUUCUGUUUGAUGUUUGGAUUGACGUCCAGCGCCAAUGGGUAUACCUCGAAGGUGUCUUCACUGGUAACGUUGACAUCAAGACUCUUCUUCCCAUGGAGUCUAACCGCUUCAACAAUAUCAACACUGAGUUUUUGGCCGUGUUGAAGAAGGUUUACAAGUCGCCUUUGGUGCUCGAUGUACUCAACAUUGCUGGUGUACAAAAGUCUCUUGAGCGUCUCGCCGAUCAGCUGAACAGAAUCCAAAAGGCUCUCGGAGAAUAUCUCGAACGCGAAAGAGUCUCAUUCCCUCGCUUCUACUUUGUUGGUGACGAAGACCUGCUCGAGAUUAUUGGUAACAGCAACGAUACUUUGCGUAUUGCCAAGCACUUGAAAAAGAUGUUUGCUGGUAUCUCUGGUGUCGUUACUGAUGAAGAGGCCAACAUUACUGGCAUCACAUCACGAGAAGGAGAGCAAGUCAUGCUCAAAAAGAUUGUUUCCCUUGCAAAGACGCCUAGAGUUAAUGAAUGGCUAGGUGCAUUGGAGACAAACAUGAAGGAAACUCUUGCGGAGUCUUUCACCGACGCUUUCACUGUCUUUGAUGAGCUUGCUGGACAAGACAAUAUUGAUGGCUCUGCUCUCGAAACCUUCAUCAACGAGUAUCCUGGUCAGAUCGUGGUACUCGCCACCCAAGCAUGCUGGACAAAGUGGGUGGGCACAGCGCUCAGCGAAGGCGGCGCUUCAUUACCGCAAUUGUUUGAUCGUCUGGUUGAGGUAUUGCGUCUCCUCGCUGCUUCAGUCUUGGGUGAUCUGGAUGCUCUCUACAGAAAGAAGUGCGAACACCUCAUUACCGAAUUCGUGCAUCAGAGAGACACUGUGGAGAAGCUCGUCAAUGCUGGUGCUGAUUCUCCCACUCAUCACCUCUGGCUUCUCUCGAUGCGCUACGAAUAUCAACCCGAGGCUGACCUGCUGGACCGCGUUCAGAUCAAGAUGGCAAAUGCUGUUCUUGCCUAUGGCUUCGAAUAUCUUGGCGUACCUGACCGUCUCGUUCGUACUCCUCUGACAGACCGUUGUUUCCUCACUCUCACUCAGGCUCUCUGUCAGAGACUUGGUGGUUCGCCUUACGGACCCGCAGGUACUGGUAAGACCGAGUCAGUUAAGGCUCUUGGUGUUCAGCUCGGUCGCUUCACCCUGGUCUUCAAUUGUGAUGACACUUUCGACUAUCAAGCCAUGGGCAGAAUUUUCCUCGGUAUCUCGCAAGUCGGUGCUUGGGGAUGUUUCGACGAGUUCAACAGAUUGGAAGAGCGCAUCUUGUCUGCUGUCUCGCAGCAAAUUCAGAACAUCCAACUUGGUCUGCGUAAGAGCACCAGCGAACAGAAGGCACAGAUCGAGCUUAUCGGACGCCAACUCAUCGUACAUCAGAACACUGGUCUCUUCAUUACCAUGAACCCUGGCUACGCAGGUCGUUCGAACUUGCCCGACAAUUUGAAGAAGUUGUUCCGCAGCGUUGCCAUGUCCAAGCCCGACAAGGAGUUGAUUGCCGAAGUCAUGCUUUACUCCCAAGGUUUCUCACAAGCCAAGCCUCUUUCAAGACAAGUUGUUCCCUUCUUCGACCGCUGCGGUGCAAGUCUCUCGAACCAACCUCACUACGACUUUGGUCUUCGUGCCUUGAAAAGUGUUCUUGUCAGCUCUGGUGGACUCAAACGAUCACGCCUUGUGGAUCAUGCUGGAGAAACGCUCUCUGAAGAGAUUGUCGAGCCUCAAAUCAUUGUUCAGAGUCUUCGCGAAACUAUUGCGCCCAAGCUUGUCCGACCCGAUGUUGACAUCAUGCGCCAAGUUGAGGAUGAAGUCUUCCCUGGUGUGCAGUAUGUGCCAGCAGAAUUGGCCGACCUCAAAAAGGCGAUCAGAGAUAUUGCUGCUGAGAACAAGCUGACCGCAACUGAUUCAUGGAUGACCAAGGUUCUUCAGCUCUAUCAGAUCCAGAACAUCCAUCACGGUGUCAUGACUGUUGGUAGCUCGGGCACUGGUAAAUCUACCGCUUGGAAGACUCUGCUUGCUGCCCUGCAACAUGUCGACGGUACCGAGGGAAUCUGUCACAUUAUCGACCCCAAGGUCAUGUCAAAGGAGAGCCUUUAUGGCAGCCUCGAUGCGACCACUCGCGAAUGGACCGAUGGUCUUUUCACCAGCAUUCUCAGAAAGAUUGUUGACAACCUGAGAGGUGAAGAUACGAAGCGUCACUGGAUCAUUUUCGACGGUGAUGUCGAUCCUGAAUGGGUCGAGAACCUGAACAGUGUUCUUGAUGACAACAAACUACUCACCUUGCCUAACGGUGAACGUCUCAAUCUUCCUGCAAAUGUCCGCGUCAUGUUUGAAGUUGAGACACUCAAGUAUGCAACUCUUGCUACCGUCAGUCGUUGUGGUAUGGUCUGGUUCAGCGACGAUACUGUAACCACUGAGCUCAUGAUCUCGAAUCACCUUGCCGAGCUACGCAGUGCCAGCUUCGAUGACCUUGACGAGGACUCCAUCCUCAGCUCUCAGACAGCCGCCGCGGUGGAAGUCGUGCAAAAUCAAGUCGCCGAUUUACUUCAAGAACGUCUUGCUUCGAACAACUUCUGUGCCCAAGCUCUCAGCGAAGCCAAGGGCUACAACCAUAUCAUGGAGUUUACAGAGAUCAGAGCUCUCACCACGUUGUUCUCUCUUCUGCGCAAGGCCUGCAGAUCGAUCAUCGAGUACAACGUACAACACCCCGACUUCUCCCUGGAGCUCGAACAAAUCGAGUCUUUCAUGUCCAAGAAGCUGGUCCUUGCUCUUAUCUGGUCCUUUGUUGGAGACUGUCCUCUGUCCGAUCGCAAAACUUUUGGCGAUUAUGUUGCCAGCCUUGCCUCUAUUGAUUUGCCACCCUUGGUGGAUCAAGGCUCGAUGAUCGACUACGACGUUGUUCUUCCCGAGUCACAGUGGGUACCAUGGCAGAACCAAGUUCCUUCCAUUGAAGUCAACACCCACUCCAUCACUCAAACCGAUGUUGUUAUUCCUACUGUUGAUACUGUCCGCCAUGAAGACGUGCUCUACUCAUGGCUUGCCGAACAUAAGCCUCUCUUGCUUUGCGGUCCUCCCGGAUCCGGUAAGACCAUGACUCUGUUCAGCGCCUUGAGGAAGCUCCCCACUCUUGAGGUAGUCGGUCUCAACUUCUCCAGCGCCACAAGCCCCGAGCUUCUUGUCAAAACACUCGAACAGUACUGCGAGUACAAAAAGACGCUCAAUGGCACUACUCUUGCGCCCACACAAAUUGGUCGCUGGCUUGUUCUGUUCUGUGAUGAAAUCAACUUGCCUGCUCCUGACAAGUAUGGUACUCAGAGAGUCAUCUCGUUCCUUCGCCAGAUGGUUGAACACGGCGGUUUCUGGCGUACUGCCACCAAGACUUGGGUCAGCCUCGAGCGUAUCCAGUUUGUCGGUGCUUGCAACNCCCCUACAGAUGCCGGUCGUACUCCACUUGGUCUGAGAUUCUUGAGACACGCCCCACUCAUCAUGGUCGACUACCCUGGUGAACUGUCUCUUACUCAGAUCUAUGGCACAUUCAACAGCGCUGUACUCAAGAUCAUACCUUCGCUCCGUGGGUACUCGGAUGCUCUGACAAGAGCUAUGAUUCAACUCUACUCUGAAUCGCAAAAGCGUUUCACUGCAGAUAUCCAGCCUCACUAUGUCUACUCGCCUCGUGAGUUGACCCGCUGGGUACGUGCUGUGUACGAGGCUAUCAAGCCCCUUGAAGCGCUCAGUCUGGAAGGCCUAGUCAGAAUUUGGGCCCACGAAGCCUUGCGACUCUUCUCCGAUAGACUGAUCGCCGAAGAUGAAAGGCAAUGGACUGAAGAAGCAGUCGACAGAAUUGCGCUCGAGCACUUCCCUAACGUUGACGAAGUUACUGCUCUGCAACGCCCCAUUCUUUACUCUACCUGGAUGUCCAAGCAUUACGAGCCUGUCGAUCGUGAGCAACUUCGUGACUACCUGCGCAUCCGUCUUCGCCAGUUCUGCGAAGAGGAGCUUGAUGUACCUCUUAUUCUCUUCAACGACGUUCUUGAUCAUAUCCUUCGCAUCGACAGAGUCUUUAGACAGCCUCAAGGUCAUCUUAUCCUCAUUGGUGUCAGCGGAAGUGGCAAAACCACGCUCUCUCGCUUCGUUGCUUGGUCAAGUGGUCUCAAGGUGUUCCAGAUCAAGGUCCACGGCAAGUAUACAGCCGAGGACUUUGAUGAUGACCUCAGAAACGUUCUCAGAAGAUGUGGUGUCAAGGGCGAGAAGAUUUGCUUCAUCAUGGACGAAUCAAACGUUCUCGACUCUGGUUUCCUGGAACGCAUGAAUACUCUGCUCGCCAACGGUGAAGUUCCUGGACUCUUCGAGGGCGAUGAAUUUGCUUCUCUCAUGACUGCCUGCAAGGAAGCAGCACAGAGCAAGGGUCAGCUUCUAGACUCUCAAGAAGAACUGUACAAGUGGUUCACACAGCAGAUUGUUCAGAACCUUCACGUCGUCUUCACGAUGAACCCUCCCACCGAAGGUCUGUCAUCAAAAGCAGCUACCAGUCCUGCUUUGUUCAACAGAUGCGUGCUCAACUGGUUUGGUGAUUGGUCUGACCAGGCACUCUUCCAAGUCGGUUACGAGCUUACUCAAUCUGUCGAUCUCGAUCGAGCAUCAUAUGCCUCGCCUGAUAGCAUACCCGUUGCUUACCGUCAACUCCAACUUCCUGCAUCCCACCGUGAUGCUGUGGUCAACUCUAUGGUUCACGUGCACCACUCCAUGCACAAGUUCAAUGGUAGACUUCUUCGUCAACAGAACAAGACAACCUACCUCACCNCCCGUCACUUCCUUGACUUCUUGUCUCAGUUUGUUAAGCUCUAUAAUGAGAAACGCGAUGAUCUGGAAGAACAGCAACGCCAUCUCAAUAUCGGUCUGGACAAGUUGCACGAGACUACUGUUCAAGUCUCUGACAUGUCAAAGAGUCUGACUGAGAAGAACGUUGAACUGCAAACCAAGGACGCCGAGGCCAAUGAGAAGCUACAACGCAUGAUUGCUGACCAACGCGAGGCCGAAACUCGCCGUGCUGCAUCACUCGAAGUUCAGAACGCGCUGGUCGAACAGGAGAGAAUCGUUGCAGAGAGAAGAGAAGUCGUCCUUCACGACCUUGCUCAAGCCGAGCCUGCCGUUAUCGAGGCUCAGAAGAGUGUCAGCAACAUCAAGAAACAACAUCUGACCGAGGUUCGUUCCAUGCAGAACCCGCCUUCUGGUGUCAAGCUUGCACUCGAAUCUGUUUGCACUUUACUCGGUCACAAGGCACCCGAUUGGAAGACCAUCGUGUCGAUUGUCCGUCGGGAUGACUUCAUUGCCAGUAUUGUCAACUACGACAAUGAGAGGCAAAUGACCAGCAGCCUCCGUACCAAGAUGCAAAGAGAGUUCUUGUCCAAGGACGACUUCAGCUUUGAGCGUGUGAACCGAGCCAGUAAGGCUUGUGGUCCUCUUGUUCAGUGGGUCGAAGCCCAAGUGAACUACUCUGCCAUUCUCGACCGUGUUGGUCCUCUCAGGGAAGAAGUUACUCAACUCGAAGAGGAAGCCCUUCAAACCAAGGCCAACGCACAGGCAAUCUUCUCCGAGAUCAAGAAGCUCGACAACAACAUUGCCACCUACAAGACUGAAUAUGCUGCUCUCGUCAGUCAGGUCGAAGCAAUCAAGAGCGAGAUGGCUCGUGUUCAAUCCAAGGUUGAUCGCAGUUCGCGCUUGAUCAAGAAUCUGUCUUCUGAACGCGAGAGAUGGGAAGAGACUAGCAAGUCUUUCGACGCACAGAUGGAUACCAUCGUUGGUGACGUCUUCCUUGCUGCCGCUUUCCUCGCAUAUGGUGGUCUGUACGAUCAGCAGUACCGUAAGGCUAUGCUUGAAGAUUGGGCCUUCCAGCUCGCAGCUUCUAGCAUCCACCACAAGCCCCAUAAUCCCAUGGCCGAAUACCUCUCUACCGCAGAUGACAGACUGCAAUGGCAGCAGAAUUCGUUACCAGUUGAUGACCUCUGCACAGAAAAUGCCAUCAUGCUCCAGCGUUUCAACAGAUAUCCUCUUAUCAUCGAUCCUUCAGGUCGUACUGUUGAGUUCUUGCAAAACGAGUGCAAGGAUCGUAGAUUGACCGUCACAAGUUUCCUUGACAGCUCAUUCACUAAACAGUUAGAGAGCUCGCUGCGUUUCGGUAACCCUAUUCUCAUUCAGGAUGCUGAACAUCUGGACCCCAUUCUCAACCACGUUCUCAACAAGGAGUACCAAAAGACUGGUGGUCGUGUGCUCAUUCAACUUGGAAGACAAGAGAUUGAUUUCUCACCUGCCUUCCGUCUCUAUCUCACGACAAGAGAUCCUUCGGCAACGUUCGCACCAGACAUCUGCAGUAGAACCACUUUCGUCAACUUCACGGUUACUCAAAGCAGUUUGCGCACUCAGGCUCUCAAUGAUGUGCUCAAAUCGGAGCGUCCUGAUGUUGAUGAGAGACGUACCAACCUUGUCAAGACUCAAGGUGAAUUCAGAUUGCGUCUUCGUCAUCUCGAGAAGCAGCUUCUUCGCGCCCUCAACGAGUCUCAAGGAAACAUCCUCGACGACGACAAGGUCAUCCAAACACUCGAGACACUCAAGAAGGAAGCUAGUGAGAUUGCGAUCAAGGCUGCCGAAACCGAUGGUGUCAUGACAGAGGUAGAGCGUAUCACCAUGUCUUACGAUGUCAUUGCACAGUCAUGUUCCGCGAUCUUUGCUGUGCUCGACCAGUUGCACCACAUCAACCACUUUUACCAAUUCUCAUUGCAGUACUUUGUGGAUAUCUUCCACACUGUACUCCGCGCUUCCAAGAGUGGACCGGCUGGAAGCCACGAGAACAGAGUUGAUGCCAUUAUCAAGGAAAUAUUCAUCAGCACAUAUCGCAGCACUGCUCUCACUCUGCUGCAAAAGGACCGCAUCACUUUUGCCAUGCUGCUUGCGCAAGCUUCGCCUCUCAAAAUGGAUAAGUCCUUGAUCGACAAGGUGUUGGACGAGGAUCUGAGGGGCGUCGACUUGUCAACCAACCCUGAACUCAGAGAAGAAGCUAUGGCACGUGCAUCAUCUAUCAGACAGUUCAAGAAUAGUCUGAGUCAAGUACCUGAAGAUGAGUGGAACACUUUCUUCUCCGCCGAGUUCCCUGAAAAGAAUGUGCCUGUGCUUGGAGAGACAGACAACGAGCUCGACAGAAGACUUCUCAAUCUCUUACUCAUCAAGAUCUUGCGCGUUGAUCGUCUCGUUCCUGCUGUCGAAGUGUUUAUCACAUCCCUCUUCGGUGCCGCUAUGCUCGACGUCAGCGAUGAUCUCAGCCGUAUUGUCAAGGAAGUUACAGCUCACACACCCAUUGCACUUUCCUCGUCACCUGGCUUCGACGCAAGUUACAAGGUCGAUCAGCUUGUGGAGCGCACAGCUUCUCGUUGUGCAAACGUCGCUAUGGGUUCCAACGAGUCAUUGGCCAACGCUGAUGCUGCUCUUGCCAAUGCUGCAGCAACUGGCUCGUGGGUCAUGGUCAAGAACGUCCAUUUGGCCGCCCACUGGCUCCAAAAUCUGGAGAAGCGAAUUGAUAGUCUCAAGCCUCAUCCUGACUUCAAACUCUUCUUGUCAAUGGAGAGCUCUCCUAAGAUCCCUGUCAAUCUGUUGAGAGCAUCAAGAGUCUUGAGUUACGAGCAACCUGCUGGUAUCAGAGCGAACAUGCGCGAUUCGAUGGCUUCGCUCAAGGAAGCUGGAUCCCAACAGCCUGUCGAGAAGGCUAGAGUGUACUUCUUGCUCGCCUUCUUGCAUGCUGUGGUCCAAGAGCGUCUGAGAUACGCCCCUCGUCUCGGCUGGAGUGGCUUCUGGGAAUUCAACGAUAGUGAUUUCGAGUGUUCAAUCUUCAUCAUCGAUACCUGGAUGACUACCGUUGCUGGUAACCGCUCCAACAUCGCACCCAACUCUAUUCCUUGGUCUCUAUUGCGCAUCAUGGUCACCGAGACUUACGGUGGUAAGAUCGAUAGCGCCUCUGACUUCUCGGUCCUGUCGCAACUAGUCUCCUCGGUACUCACUCCCGCUGCCUUUGACGAGAACUUUGCUUUACAACAAGGCCUCACCGUGCCUAAUGGUACCACGAAGCGAGAUUUUGAAGCCUGGAUCAAGGGUCUGCCCGAGCGUGAGCCGCCUACUUACCUCGGUCUCGAGGCCAAUGCCGAGAAGUUGUUGCUUGUUGCGCAUGCGGAUGAGAUGUGCGAGGGUCUGCGUCGUGUGAUGGAAGUGUUGGAUGAGGGUGAAGCGGUCAUGGCAGAAGCUGCCGAGGUGGUGGAAGUUGAG